AUGGCUUCUCGAUCCACGCGCGGGUUUUUCGUAGAGGCUGAGGAACGGGAGGAUCAUUGUCGCAGGGGGAACGAGGAGAGAAAGCAGAGACACUCGUCAGAGCAGGAGCACAGGAGGGAGAGAAGUGGUGACAGAGACAGACACAGAGACCACUCGGACAGGAGGAAGAAUCCGAACGAGAGGGCUGGAGCUCGAGGCCAGGAGCGAGACAGGGACGCUCAGAACCUGCGGGAGCAGCAGGCAGAGAGGGAGUUUUACAACGAGAGGAGGCGGGAGCACCGGCAGAGCGCCGAGGGCAGCGGGGCGGAGCAGCACGCGGAGCUCGGGCCCCCUGACAGCAAACCUAGAGACAAAGCUGCCGCCAGCAAGGAGAAGCCGAGCUUUGAGCUGUCGGGGGCGCUGCUGGAGGACACCAACACCUUCCGGGGGGUGGUCAUCAAGUACAGUGAGCCCCCCGAGGCGCGGGUGCCCAAGACGCGCUGGCGCCUCUACCCGUUUAAGAACGACGAGUUCCUGCCCGUCAUGUACAUCCACCGGCAGAGCGCCUACCUGCUGGGCCGGCACCGCCGCAUCGCCGACAUCCCCAUCGACCACCCCUCCUGCUCCAAGCAGCACGCCGUGUUCCAGUACCGGCUGGUGGAGUACACGCGCGCGGACGGCUCGGUGGGGCGGCGGGUGCGGCCCUACAUCAUCGACCUGGGCUCGGGCAACGUCCUGCUCCACGAGUCCUCGGAUAAAUCCGAGGCCAACGCCAAGGACGAUGAUGAGGAGGAUGAGAAGGAGGAAGAGUCUGACAGUUAA